AUGGUUAGCGACGGAAUCAAGCUGAUAAAAGAUAGACUUUCCUCGCUCAAACUUCUGAUCGUUCUUGACGAUGUGGAUGAUAAGUUCAGAUUUGAGGAUGUUUUGGGAGAUCCUAAGAAUUUUUCUCCUGGAAGUAGAUUCCUUUUUACUUCCAGGGACAAAACUGCAUUGAUUGAUCUCGAUCAGUACCGCAAGUUAUAUGAAGUUCAACCUAUGAAUGAAAAACUAUCGUGCCAACUCUUUCGUAGGUAUGCUUUCCACAAGGGUUCUCCUAUAACGGGCUACGAAAAUCUAACAAAAAAAUUUGUACAAAAAAUAGGAGUCCCAUUAACUCUUAGGGUUAUGGGCUCCUCUUUGCUCGGGCAAAAAAUACCGUUCUGGGAGGGUGAGUUGAAAAAGUUAAGAAAUUCACCCAACCAAGAAGUCAAGGAAAUUUUGAAGAUAAGUUACGACUCAUUAGAUCCUGAGAGCAAACAAAUUUUUCUUGAUAUUGCUUGUUUCUACAUCGGUAUCGAUCAAGAGAAACCUUCUUACAUGUGGAGUGAUCUUGGACUCUAUCCGGAGGUCAGCAUCACUAUCCUCGACAACCGAUCCCUGAUCAAACUUGGGUAUGACGACGAGUUUCAAAUGCACGAUCAACUAAGAGAUAUGGGGAGAGCAAUCGUUCGUGACGAAAAUCCUGAAUACGCAUGA